CAUUCUUCUGCUGUUCUAAUAAAAUAUUCAUGACUCAAAUAUCUUGUACCUCUCGUGAGGCGUUAUACUCUCAGAUGGUAAAUAAUGAUUUGGAGUAGAAUUAUUCCGAAGACAAGUCAGUCUCCAUGUGUGUGCAGUAAGGGCGGCCUUCAGCUGGCGAUGCAUGCGCUCCACCAUAUCACUUGCAGACGUGUGUUAGGCGGUAGUUCGAAGGUGUGCGAUGCCGAAGGUAGACAGAAAGCGUUUGAAAAGCGCGGAUUCAAAUUGACGUCCGCGGUCAGCUGUGACACUUCGCGGCAAGCCGAAACGAGAGAUACACGAUGCAAGGAACGUUGAAAUGACAGUCUGGGCGAUGCUGUCUGGCAUAGUGGUGGCUUCAGGCCAGCGGGAGAAUAUGUCAACAGCUGUCAAGGGGAGCCUGAGGCCUGUGAGAUGGAGGGGGGACCGGCGGCGUCCCUGUUCCUGCUCUCACGUACGUUUUAAGAGAAAAAAAAGGUGGAUUUUCCUACCCACGCUGGUAGAACGACAGCACUUCUACCAUUUCCGGCUGAUCCAUGCGCGCUUUCUCCUCCGCGGGUAUAAACGCCGGCGUCCCUGUCCCUUGCUCCUCUCUCUCACGUAUGCUUCAAGAAACAAAAAAGGGUAGAAUUUCCUACCCAAGCUGGUAGAACGGCAGUUUAUCUCCAGUAGUUUGUUUCUAGUAUGCAGUUAUACUCAAAAGGUAAACUUGCUUUGAGUCGAUAUGUGGUUGCAAUGCAGCUCUGCCGAGAUGGGUAGAAAUUUCUGCCGUUUUGUCUUAGAGCCUAAGAUUGAGAGAUGGAGUAGUGCAGACAUUGCCCUGGCAACAAGUCGCUUGCGGCGCAUGUCGAUUAGGAUACCUAAGUUUGCGAUCCCAGGAGAGCGUAGGACACAUCCGCUAGGAGGAAAAUCCAUAUGAACCUACAUCGGAAGCAGAUAUUGAGCGUUGAGAAACCGCUGACAUAGGAGAUGCAACUAUGGUUGACGGCGUGCAAGUGCCGUGCGGGAAGGGAGCGGCAGUCCUUGCGUGUCCCGGGGAGCCCACUGUCUUCUGCACCAGUGCCAAUGAGGAAUCAGACGCCGGUGGUGCGAUCGCGCAGAAAUAAUACUCGGCGGUAGUCGUUGGCCCCUGUAGCAUUCGCCUCCGUUAAUGCAGGGCCGGGCAGUUUCCCCUGUUGCUGUUGGAAAACGAGGAGAAGGAAGUACAGCGCCUGGCGCGCAAGCCGUACUUGUGGGGGUAACAGCACAGGCCGGAGUCGUUAGCAUGAGACGAAUGUCUCUAUGCUGAUGGGGAUCGUGAGAUACGAGGGAGUGAUCUCUAGGGGCGAUGAGUAACGGCAAGAUACUGCAGCAGUCGGUGAGACAAGAAACCUCAGCGCGUAGGUGAUUAGUCUGCGAGGUAUGCGGCUGGGCAACACUUGAUACCAGGGGGGAAGAGACGUCCAUAAUAUUGUCGGCCCCAUGUGGGCGAAGUUUGCCGAAGGAAUAUCCCCAGCUGAAGCCAGACUCAUCCAUACCGGGUUGGGGAGGCGAUGCAGGAGUAGUUCCCGAAGAAAAGCUUCGUCAAUCGCAGGUUUAUCUCCUAUGAGAUGCUAGAUCUGCCGAAGUAGUUGAGCGGUUUCCGGUCGCCAAGGUCUUCAGCAGUUAACAAUUGCGUAGGCGACGCUGUAGUAGACGAGUAGGCAAGGGAGUAGCUGUAGGCGACGGCGCUGGGAAGCUUUAGUGCGCUUCAUCAGUUCACUCAUUAGAGUAGUGCAGGGCUGUUCCGCUGGACGGUGGAGCAGAAGGGGGUUCCAUAGUAAUGAAUGGAGGAAUGGCAGAAACAGCAGCGUUGUAUCGGGAGUCUUGGCCGACGACACGCUGGGCAGUAAAUUGCGCUUCCACUUGAACAAACCAGACUACGGGAUCGCUCGGCCAAAAGACUGGAAAUCGAGCAGGCAUGGCAGCAAUGCAGGCUGAUGGAACAGGAGCGCUAGAGAGGUCGCCUUCGAAGGGUUCAGCCAUGGUAGCAGUGUCAAGGCGCACGGAGGGCAGUGGAUGCUGCAAGGCGAUGAGUGUUAUCACCUUCUGCUCACCAAUUAAUAUGUAGUUGACCACAUAUGAAUGCAUAUCCGUCCGAGGCAGAAAACCGAACUGAACUGAAAGCAAAAGCGCGCCUCACGUUCGCACGCUAAGCGCAAACGUCUUUCGUCUUCGUCGGAGUGUCGACGUACCCAUAAACGUUUCCCUUGAACCCUUUUCGCUUCAAUCCGUAUGAAGCCUGAGUAUUCGCGCUUAAAGGAGCUCAGAAAGCCAUCUAAAAAAAUUCAGUUCCGAAGGUCUUGUGAAAGUAGGUAACUUAACUUGAUGAUUAACACAGAAAUUUUCACUGUACGCGAUAUUUUUCAUAGAAAAAAAGGCGCUUGAACAUCGCCGCGCGCGUUCCCACUCGACUCGCUCCUCCGGGUCAAACGAGGAUGAGAAGGAAAAAACGUCAUUCCUGACGUAAUAAAAGUAGAAAGCGGCGACCGCUCUUCAGCGCUUCCAUCUGGGUCAGUUCUGCCCGGUUUUCUUCCUUUUCGUUUUCCUUGCUUUCUCUCUGUCGUGAACGAUGGAGGAUUUCGAAGUGCCUGCGGAAUAUCGGCACUUGAUGCCACUAUCUGAAUGGGAAAUACGAACUCUGCAAAGGUGCAAAAUAAUUAAUUGUACGCCGUAUGGCGAUACGCCUUAUAUGACGCCAGGCACAAGCUUAACUGGCGUCGCCGGUAGCCAUGUGGCAGCCAAGCGAAAGCGGCGGGACAGCUCGGAUGAUUGGUGCACAUGUGGAGUGUGCCGAUCAAUGCAAACACGGCGCGAGGACGUCUGCUGCCGCAACGUGCCAGCAGCUGUCGAAAAGGAGCCGGAGGGCUGUGUCACGACGGCGUCGGAGUGCUUGACCGACGUGGUUAUACGGCUAGCCCUCCAGUCACUUGAAAAUCAGGGUGUGUUCAUGAACACGGCGCUCCACGAGGAAGUUCACAACCUCCAGGACAGGGUGCAGACAGCGUGGAUAUGGUCCUUCAUGGCCCUCAUGAAUGUUACACACAUGAUUGUUGAGGCUCUUCCACAUCGAUAGCGCACGUUCUGCAUCUCCUUCGCUGUGAGUGACACAGUAGUAUAGGCAAAAUACAAGACUUAGUUUCGGUUUCACGCUUAGUUUCGGUUUCAAGCUUAUAGGUUGGCAACCAUGUUACAGGGAGAGAGAGAGCAUACACUUCUCCAGGUGCAACGGACAGAGGAUGAUCACGCGCAGCAACGCUCUACGCAUACUCUAAGUUAAUCAACUCAUAUAUGUGUGUGUAAUGCAAGAGAAAUAAAUCCAACUCGUUUGAAGCCUGCAGAAAUCAGAAGUGGGAUCGACUCGCCAUUUUCAUCAUCAGAACAAGGUGGGCUUUGAUUGGGUUGGAUUGCAAAGUAUGCUCACGCGCCGUGCAUCACGUAACGUGGACGCUCCGCGAACGAUGGACGGGACGCCGAUAGGAUCCAGCACUACUGUUGACCAAAACCUGGCGAACGUAGCCGACGACAACGUACAAGUCGUUAGCAGCCACACGAAUGGAGAACAGAGCGCGGACAGCGAGGCAACACCGUCAAGUGGGCUUCACGGCACGACUCGCAUCGGACACCACAGCAACGUUGAUGCUGGGACAAGAGCACCCAACAACGGCAACAACGCAGACGUUUUUGAUAUUCAGUCACUUAUACAAGCCGCAGUGCAAGCAGCGGUUAGAGAAGCUAUGGACGGGGCUCGACAACUCUACGAAUCACCACGGCCACCGCAACGUACUAUUGCCAGCGAUGAGUCAUCACCGGUCGGGUACCUCGCUUCAGCGAGCGCGAACCUUGUACCGACAUAUGAUCCUGCUACGAACACUCAGUCGACGGUGGAAGCGUGGAUCAACAAGGUAGACGGACUCGCGGCGGCUUACGGCUGGAAUGAUAAACAAACUUCUUGCUUUGCGCUUUCGAAGUUGGAAGGAGUUGCGAGAAGCUGGUAUGAUGGGCUCACAACAACGCAAUAUACAUGGGUAGUGUGGAAAAGCAAGCUUCGAGAAGCGUUUCCAUCAAGUGCAAGUUUUCAACAGCUACUGCGGGAAAUGGAGGCCCGAAAAAGAAAACGGGACGAAGCCAUCGAGAUCUACUUCUACGACAAACUCGCCAAGGCCAGAAGGUGCGGGCUGGACGAUCCCGCUUGCAUCGAGUAUAUUAUCACUGGCCUCAACGACGAAAACGCAGUUCGAUUGCUAAGUGUGCGUGAAUUUGCAAAUCCUCAGGAACUCCUUCGUUGCCUGAAAUUAUUGGUCAAUUAUUGGUCAACAUCGUCAAGCACUCGCGUUCCGCGGGUGGCCAAGACUCCAGUAAGAGUGCGAAACAGAGCACCGGUCAAACCGCAUCAUCCAAAGGAAAAGGAAAGCCAAAGUACAACGACAAAGGAGAACCCCUCUGCUUCAAUUGCUCCGAAUACGGACAUCUUUCAGCAGCAUGUCCACAGCCACAGAGGAAGCCACGCUGCGACAAAUGCAAACGAACAGGGCAUGAGACUAAAGACUGUUGUCAAGACAAAGCCAAGGGUUCGGCAACGCCAAAGUCGGCAGUUGUGCUUGCACAAAACGUGGUCACAGCGGAAGGGCCAGCGAACUCGAAGGAAGGGAGUUGCCUCAGGACACAAGCCGCCGAUAUUUCGAACAGAGACUGUUCUUCUUCUGGGCGAAGGAGAAGGGUUCGCUGGAUUUCUACCCAUCUACAGCGAACUCGAAGUAUUUCAUGACGGCUCUCCUGGACGGUAAAGAAGUCGAGGCAUUUGUUGACAUGGACAGCCAGUGCGUCACGCUUCGCAAGACUAACGCAGACGAAUUAUCGGUUCAGUAAGGCGAUCUCUCAGCUCCAUUUGAAAUCCACGGCUACGGCUCUGGCAAAAUAAUUCCCAUCGGUAAAGCGCGACUGGAACUGAAAGCCGAUGAAGCCACAGCAACGGUGGACGUCUACGUCGUCCCAGACAAUGCCCAAGUAGUUCCACUGUUGAUCGGACAACCCUUCACAGAGCAACCACACGUCACAGUCAUACGCAGGGGUAACAUGCUGCGGAUCUUCGAAGAACACGCGCACCUGGACGAAGGUGGCACCCUGCAGGAUACUAAAAUACUCACUCUUGCGCCACGACAUGUCAGCCUUUGGGCGAAGAAGAAAACGGUUAUUCCUCCGAACUACGUCGGACUUGUCAUACUGUGCACCAAAGGGGAGAACAUGGGUGACGUCUACGUUGAUGCUCCUUAUCGAGCUGGUCGAGUUUACGAGCACCGCAUCCUUAGUUGCGUGCUUCGCGAGACUGAACAACAGGAGUACCUUCUGCCGGUGGCAAAUGUAUGCGAGCACGAACUUUCCAUUCAAGAGGACGACAGAGUGGUAAGAGCACAGUGGUGUAAGCCAGAGGAUACGCCAACGGUGGUCGAGGUGCUGUCCAACAACGAGGGCCAUAGUAGUGAGAUCAAGGCUUCCGAAAUAAACGUAGGCACAUUUGUAACACCUGCCCAAGCACAAGAACUCGCUAAACUUUUAAACGACUACCGGGACUGUUUUGCACAGUCAAUGUCUGAAAUUGGUUGGACGGCGCUCACAGAAAUGCAGAUCGACCUCAUCGAUGACAGCGUCGUCAAGUACCGUCCUUACCGUAUCGCUUACUCGGAAAGGGAAGUGGUUCGAGGUAUCGUACGAGAACUGGAGGAAGCCGGCAUCGUAAAAGAGUCGAACUCUGACUUCGCAAGCCCUAUUCUGCUGGUGACAAAGAAAGCAGGUUAAAAACGAUUGUGUGUAGAUUUUCGUGUGCUCAACCGUAUCACAAAAAAGAAACCCUUCCACUGAUUGACGACCAGCUGGACAGAUAGCACGACAAAAAGUAUUUCACCACGUUAGACCUGGCAUCGGGCUAUUAUCAAGUGCCGCUAACGGAGUCGAGUCGGUCGAAGACAGCAUUUGUAACUCCAGACGGGCAUUACGAAUUUACCAGAAUGCCCUUCGGUCUCGUCAACGCAGUAGCUGUCCUUCAAAGAAUGGUCAAUGCCGUACUUGGUCCACUGAGACACACGAUAGUUAUGGCUUACAUGGACGGCCUACUGAUCCCUACACGGACUACAGAGAAAGGACUGACUUGUCUCCCUCAGGUGUCACGGCCUUGCAGGUGUGCUUCUGCAGGAACAAUCAGACGAUCUCCUCCACCCGGUUAUGUAUGUCAGCCGCCGAACGACACGUGACGAGGAAAGGUAUCACUCGUACGAACUGGAGGCAUUGGCUGUCUUAUGGACUGUGGAAAAGCUACGCCCUUACCUGCUUGGGUUGGACUUCACGGUGGUCACUGACUGUAAUUCUCUUCGAACGGUUUUCUCGAAGAAACAUAUCGUUCCCCGGAUUGGUAGAUGGUAUCUUCGACUUCAAGAGUACCGCUUCGAGAUCGAGCACAAGCCAGGCGAAAGGAUGGGCCACGUAGACGCGCUAAGCAGGGCUCCCGUGGGAGAACCCGAAUAAAUAGAAGUAGUGGACACUGUAGAAAUGCUAGCGGCAGCUGUCACAACUGAGUGGCAGUGGCGCAACGUUCAGAUCCGUACAUCCAGAAGAUAAAGGACAGCUUGGCUAGUGCAGACCGAACAAAGGAAGCGAAGAGAGUAAAGCAGGACUUUUUACUCAAAAACGGAAGUGUGUUCCGAAGGCUACAAGACGGAACAAAAGACACGCUGUAAUGGGUUGUCCCAGCACGAGCACGCUGGCAAAUAGUACGCAAAUACCACGACGAAGCAGGACACUUCGCCCUUGAUAAAACAGUGGAACUCCUACAGCGUAGCUACUGGUUUCCUCGCAUGAGACGUUACGUAAAGAGCUACAGCUCGAAGCAGAGUUGGAAAUGGAACGCCGCUUCGACU